AUGGACGAUCCGAUGUGCCUGCCGACAGUGUACAGUAGUGGCUAUGACCCCGCCGUCCGUGGGCUGUUCCCCCUGAUCGAUAGCGACAGCGCCCAGGCAGUCAACUCAGGCAGGCGGGCAGGCGGUAGGGCAGGAGGCCUGGCGAUCAAGGCGGCCUGA